UUUCCUCCCAACAUGGCGGCCGGGGCAGGUCGGCGGUGAUGGAGGCCAGGCAGCGGCCGCGGCGGGUGCUAAUCCCCACAGUAGCCAGGGCAGCCCUGCUCUCGCCGGGCCUCUGAGCUGCCGCCGCCGCCUCGUCCCUUGGCCCCUGCGAGACGGCCUCCUGGGCCGGGCUCCUUCACCGCCGCCGGGCCGGAGGGACGAGUGAGGGAGACGGCCAGGAAGGGACCCCUCGGGCCAGGUCUAGAGGCGGAGGCGCGACGGGCGCGGCCCUCGAGGGGCGGCUUCUCGGGGGUGGCGAGGACCUCGACGCCCCUUGCCGGUACCAAGACUGGUUCCGUUCGCCCGCCCCUUUCUGAUCCUGUCGCUGCCCUCCACGCCUCCUCUCCCCCACUUCCACCCCCUCUCCUUUUUCUCUUCUCUUCCUCCCCCCCCCCGUCCUCCCCUUCAGCCGUUGGGAGCCGCGGGUCGGACGAGCCGCCGCCUCCUUUUGCGUCCAUGUAUGAGGGGAAGAAGACGAAGAACAUGUUCCUGACCCGGGCCUUGGAGAAGAUUUUGGCCGACAAGGAAGUGAAGAAGGCGCAUCACUCCCAGCUGCGCAAAGCUUGUGAGGUGGCGUUAGAGGAAAUAAAAGCGGAAACUGAAAAACAGAGUCCUCCUCAUGGAGAAGCAAAAGCUGGAUCAGGCACCCUUCCACCAGUGAAAUCAAAGACGAAUUUUAUUGAAGCAGACAAGUACUUCUUACCCUUUGAGUUGGCAUGCCAGUCCAAAUGUCCCCGCAUAGUUAGUACAUCUCUAGAUUGUUUACAGAAACUUAUUGCUUAUGGGCACUUGACUGGCAAUGCUCCAGAUAGUACAACACCAGGCAAAAAAUUAAUUGAUAGAAUUAUUGAAACAAUAUGUGGCUGCUUCCAAGGACCUCAGACAGAUGAAGGAGUUCAGUUGCAGAUAAUAAAGGCUUUACUUACUGCAGUAACAUCACAACACAUAGAAAUUCAUGAAGGGACUGUACUGCAAGCUGUGAGAACAUGUUACAAUAUCUAUCUAGCAAGCAAAAAUCUCAUCAAUCAGACAACAGCCAAAGCUACUCUUACUCAGAUGCUAAAUGUUAUCUUUGCACGCAUGGAAAACCAAGCAUUGCAAGAAGCCAAACAAAUGGAAAAAGAAAGGCAUCGACAGCACCAUCAUCUGUUGCAGUCUCCAGUAAGCCAUCAUGAGCCUGAAUCACCUCAACUUAGAUAUUUGCCACCUCAGACUGUUGAUCAUAUAUCCCAAGAACAUGAAGGGGACCUUGACCCCCAUACAAAUGAUGUAGAUAAAAGUCUUCAGGAUGACACAGAGCCUGAAAAUGGAUCUGAUAUUUCCAGUGCAGAAAAUGAACAGACUGAAGCUGAUCAGGCAACUGCAGCUGAAACAUUAUCUAAAAAUGAUAUAUUAUAUGAUGGGGAAAACCAUGAUUGUGAGGAAAAGCCACAAGACAUUAUACAGAGCAUUGUAGAAGAAAUGGUGAACAUUGUUGUUGGAGAUAUGGGAGAAGGGACUACUAUAAAUGCAAGUGCAGACGGCAACAUUGGAGCUAUAGAGGAUGGUAGUGACAGCGAAAAUAUUCAAGCAAAUGGAAUUCCAGGAACACCAAUUUCUGUUGCAUAUACACCAUCCUUACCUGAUGACAGAUUGUCAGUCUCUUCCAAUGAUACUCAGGAAUCUGGAAAUUCUUCAGGACCUUCACCUGGUGCUAAGUUUUCCCAUAUUUUACAAAAGGAUGCCUUUCUAGUAUUCAGGUCAUUGUGUAAACUAUCAAUGAAACCACUGUCAGAUGGACCGCCAGACCCAAAAUCUCAUGAGUUACGAUCCAAGAUUCUUUCGUUGCAGUUACUUCUGUCCAUUCUGCAGAAUGCAGGACCCGUUUUCAGGACAAAUGAGAUGUUUAUUAAUGCUAUUAAGCAGUAUCUUUGUGUUGCACUCUCAAAAAACGGAGUCUCAUCUGUUCCAGAGGUUUUUGAGCUUUCUCUUUCUAUAUUUCUAACUCUGUUGUCAAACUUCAAGACACAUCUGAAGAUGCAAAUUGAGGUGUUCUUUAAAGAAAUUUUCUUAUACAUUUUGGAAACAUCUACCAGCUCAUUUGAUCACAAAUGGAUGGUUAUUCAGACACUGACAAGGAUUUGUGCAGAUGCUCAAAGUGUAGUGGAUAUUUAUGUAAACUAUGACUGUGACUUAAAUGCAGCCAAUAUAUUUGAAAGACUAGUAAAUGAUCUAUCAAAAAUCGCUCAAGGAAGGGGCAGUCAAGAACUUGGUAUGAGUAAUGUUCAGGAAUUGAGCCUGAGGAAAAAAGGUCUAGAAUGCUUAGUGUCGAUUUUGAAGUGUAUGGUUGAAUGGAGUAAGGAUCAGUAUGUGAAUCCCAACUCUCAGACAACUCUUGGUCAGGAGAAACCCUCAGAGCAAGACAUGAAUGAAAUCAAACACCCUGAGACAAUAAACAGAUAUGGAAGUUUAAAUUCCUUGGAGUCCACAUCAUCAUCAGGAAUAGGCAGCUACAGUACACAGAUGUCUGGCACUGAUAAUCCAGAACAAUUUGAGGUCCUAAAGCAACAAAAAGAAAUAAUAGAACAAGGGAUAGAUUUAUUUAAUAAGAAACCAAAGAGAGGAAUACAGUACCUCCAAGAACAGGGGAUGCUUGGCACUACACCUGAAGAUAUUGCCCAAUUCUUACAUCAAGAGGAAAGAUUAGACUCUACUCAAGUGGGUGAAUUCCUGGGAGAUAAUGAUAAAUUUAACAAAGAAGUCAUGUAUGCAUAUGUGGACCAACAUGACUUUUUGGGAAAGGACUUUGUUUCAGCUCUUCGCAUGUUUCUGGAAGGAUUCCGUCUUCCAGGGGAAGCUCAGAAAAUUGAUCGAUUAAUGGAAAAAUUUGCUGCAAGAUACCUAGAAUGCAACCAAGGACAAACCCUUUUUGCGAGUGCAGAUACUGCUUAUGUUUUGGCUUACUCAAUUAUCAUGUUGACCACUGACCUUCACAGUCCACAGGUUAAAAAUAAAAUGACAAAGGAACAGUACAUUAAGAUGAAUAGAGGUAUCAAUGACAGUAAAGACCUUCCUGAAGAGUAUCUGUCAGCCAUCUAUAAUGAAAUAGCCGGGAAAAAGAUAUCAAUGAAAGAAACAAAAGAACUAACAAUCCCUACAAAAUCAAGUAAACAAAAUGUAGCCAGUGAAAAACAAAGAAGACUUCUGUAUAACUUAGAAAUGGAACAGAUGGCCAAGACAGCUAAAGCACUCAUGGAGGCUGUGAGCCAUGUUCAGGCACCUUUUACAAGUGCAACACAUUUGGAGCAUGUGAGGCCCAUGUUUAAGGAAAUUGGAGGAAAUGUGGACUGGAAGCAGAUAGCAAGUAUUCAGGAAUCCAUUGGAGAAACCAGUUCUCAAAGUGUUGUUGUUGCUGUAGAUAGUUUAAUAUUUGACCUGCUCCUGCCUUUAAAGAUUCCCUUUUAUCAUGCAAAUCCUAUGGUUGGCUGUAAUCCUAAUGAAGAUGUGGCUAUUUUUGCAGUAGACUCCUUGAGGCAGUUGUCAAUGAAGUUCUUAGAGAAAGGGGAGCUUGCUAAUUUCAGGUUCCAGAAGGAUUUCUUAAGACCUUUUGAACAUAUAAUGAAACGGAACAGGUCUCCAACAAUUCGAGAUAUGGUUGUACGGUGUAUAGCACAGAUGGUUAAUUCUCAAGCUGCUAACAUUCGAUCUGGAUGGAAGAACAUUUUCUCUGUAUUUCAUCUAGCUGCAUCCGAUCAAGAUGAAAGCAUAGUGGAACUUGCAUUCCAAACAACUGGGCACAUUGUCACCCUUGUAUUUGAAAAACACUUUCCAGCGACCAUUGAUUCCUUCCAGGAUGCAGUGAAGUGUUUGUCUGAAUUUGCAUGCAAUGCUGCUUUCCCAGACACAAGUAUGGAAGCAAUUCGACUUAUUCGCCAUUGCGCAAAAUAUGUGUCUGAUAGACCUCAGUUUUUAAAUGCUGGAAUGGUGAGGGGUUUAACAGUAAUGUUUGAAAUAAUGAAAACAUAUGGCCACACAUAUGAAAAACACUGGUGGCAGGAUUUAUUUAGAAUUGUUUUCAGAAUCUUUGACAAUAUGAAAUUGCCAGAACAACAGACUGAGAAAGCUGAAUGGAUGACAACGACUUGCAAUCAUGCACUGUAUGCAAUCUGUGAUGUAUUCACCCAAUAUUUAGAAGUACUCAGUGAUGUACUCUUGGAUGAUAUUUUUGCCCAGCUCUACUGGUGUGUGCAGCAAGACAAUGAGCAGUUAGCACGAUCUGGUACAAACUGCUUAGAGAACGUUGUUAUUCUGAAUGGUGAAAAAUUUACCCUAGAAAUCUGGGAUAAAACUUGUAACUGCACACUGGAUAUCUUCAAAACCACAAUCCCACAUGCGCUCUUGACCUGGCGUCCUACUUCUGGAGAAAUUGCGCAUCCACCUCCAUCUCCUGUGAGUGAAAAACCAUUGGAUACAAUAUCACAGAAAUCUGUAGAUAUUCAUGAUUCUAUUCAACCAAGAUCUGCAGAUAAUAGACAGCAAGCACCACUGGUUUCUGUCUCUACUGUGAAUGAAGAAGUCAGCAAAACUAAAUCUACAGCGAAAUUUCCAGAACAAAAAUUGUUUGCUGCCCUGUUGAUUAAAUGUGUUGUGCAGCUGGAGCUCAUCCAAACCAUCGACAACAUUGUGUUCUUCCCAGCCACAAGUAAAAAAGAAGAUGCGGAAAACUUCGCUGCAGCACAGAGAGAUGCAGUGGACUUUGAUGUUCGAGUUGAUACUCAAGACCAAGGAAUGUAUCGCUUUUUAACAUCACAACAACUUUUUAAGCUACUGGACUGCUUAUUAGAAUCGCAUAGAUUUGCAAAAGCAUUUAAUUCCAACAAUGAACAGAGGACUGCUCUGUGGAAAGCAGGCUUCAAAGGCAAGUCCAAGCCCAACCUUCUGAAGCAGGAGACCAGCAGCCUGGCCUGUGGGCUGCGCAUUCUCUUCCGGAUGUACAUGGACGAGAGCCGGGUUAGUGCCUGGGAGGAGGUCCAGCAGAGGCUUUUGAAUGUCUGCAGCGAAGCACUAAGUUACUUCCUCACUCUAACGUCAGAAAGUCAUCGGGAAGCCUGGACUAACUUACUGCUUUUGUUUCUAACUAAAGUUCUAAAGAUAAGUGAUAAUAGGUUUAAAGCUCAUGCAUCAUUCUACUACCCUCUCUUAUGUGAAAUUAUGCAAUUUGACUUGAUUCCUGAACUUCGUGCUGUUCUUAGAAGAUUUUUUCUGCGAAUCGGAGUAGUUUUUCAGAUAUCACAACCACCUGAACAGGAACUUGGAAUAAACAAGCAAUGAUGGGAACUUAAUAUUUUUCUGUUGGUGUUUACAUCCCUCUGCUCUUUAAAAGGACCCUGGAGCCGAGGUUUCCUACCUGAAAAUGAAUUCUUUGAAUUGCGGUAUCUGAGGAUGACUGGUAAAGAUGCUUAGAACUAAUACUCAAACUUGCAACACUCCAGUCCCUUUACCUGGUGGGUUCUGUGUGUCGCGUUGGGCUCAUGUCGAGCAGGAAGCAUGUGUAAACAAACAGUGUCAGCUAUGCUCACGGGUCCUCCCUGGCAGGGUGAGCCCCACAUAUUUUUGGCAGGUGUGGAAGUGAAACUUACCCAAAGAACUAUAGAUGUAAAGAUUGAACUUCUGCAAGAAGUACAACUCAGGAGAGCUGUAUUUUGAAGGAUAAAAUGUUUAUAAUUGGGGGGUGGGGGGAGAGGAAGAAAUUAUUGUUCAUGGUAAAAGAUAUUUAGCAACUAUGGUAUUCUUAUUCUGAAGAUUUUUGCACACUCAGGCUACCUGAGAUACUGGUAAUCAUCCUUCUGUGAAAAAUGUACAGAGAUGCAGGUCUGUAAUAUAAAAAUCUUAAACAUUAUAUAGUUCUUCCUGCACUGUUUUCUUUAUUUUCUUAUUCAUUUGCUAAAUACCCAUAUUUUGUCAAAUGCACUAAACAUCCGGGUUGAACUUUGUCUUUUUUAUUUUGUGGGAAUUUUUAGUUUUGCCCUUUUUUGGGGGUGGUAAUUUUGAGGCUUUAACAUGCCCAGAAGCUGUUGUGGUUGAUGCUUGUCAAGAUCAACAACGGGAAAGAAAAAAAAAAAAAAGGUAGAAAAUAUCCCUACUGACCAUAACUACCUGUAAUAUAUACUUCUAUUAGGGCUUCUAAAGAUGAGCCAUUAAAAUAGAAUGAUCCUUUAUGGACCGAAACUUGAAUCACUGCAAAACGAAUCUAGGUUGCUGUCAUUUUCUUUUCUUUUGGGUGGCGGGGCUUGAUGUAGAUUUUACUCUGUGUACAGAAUUUAAUGUUGAAUAUGUUAAAAUAACAAAUCUGGCAUGGUUUGCAGAGGUUAGAUUUACUGGAAAUGUAUUCAUACUGUGAAUUGUGUUCUGAUGGUUAAAAGACAAGAUUGUCAAGCAUUCCGUAUUAAUAGUGGAUGUAGAAAAUUUUUUCAGAUGGAUAAAAUGUAUAUGGUACAGAUGUAAAGUUUUCUAUGUAAAAAAUUCUGUACAACUUUCUGUACAAUAUUGAUUCUCAUCUGGCAUAUUCUAAUCAAGUUAUAGGUCAAUAAAGUUUUUGAAUUAUUUCAUCAGUG